AUGUUAGGUCGGGUUAACUUUGACGGCCGUUACCGAUUCACGAUUCGAGACCCGCCGACGAGAAUUAGAAUUAGAAUUUUUAUUAUCCGUAACAGGGCCGCCGCGUCCCACCGCAGAACGCCGUGUCGGCAUCGAAUCGGACCACCGGGGAUAUUCGGUACGGUCCGACCGUUUGAAAUUGUCCGGUUCGAUUUCCGAACAGCCCGGUCGAAGACGCAUUCAGAUAGACCGUUGUGGACGAAACGAAUAGCAAAUCCGUCGCCGCGGAAACCGUACCGUUCGAUAUCAGUUUAUCAAAACGUACGGUCGACAAUCGAUCAGUUCUUGCGGCCGCACCGGGCAACUCGCAGACGGCCGUUUCGGUUCCACGAGAUAUUCGGCGGGAGAACCGCGGGGCCGGUCGCGUGUCCGUCGCGAGCCCCCCGGCUCGUAGCGGUCCGGCCGCCCGCAGUCGACGGCCGCGUCCCGUGCUCAGGCGACAGUCCCGUCGCCGACGGACCGACCGACCGAUCGCGAUACUCGGCGGACGGCGUACACAAAUCGCGUAACGGCGACGCGGCGGUCGUUAUUCUUCCUCGCCGAACGCCACCGUGCCGCGCCGUUGUCGUUAUUGUCGUAAUGAGCGUCCGCGACGUACGAUUCGGCCGGCCGCCGACAUCCGUCGCGGUCUACGCUGCGCCGCGCGUACCGUAUCGCCGUCGAUCCGAUCGGACGUCCCGCCGGCGCCGACUGCGGACGUUCGCGCGAGGGGCGUACGUACGUGUAACGCGGGCGCGCCGUAACGAUACGACGCGUCUGCGUGGCGAUGCCGAACGGCUUGGGUGUGUUGCGGACGGAUCCCGGUUGGCGUUAUCGUCGCGAAUCGAACGUUCGUUCGACCGCUCUCGGCGCAACAUUAUCGCCCGCUAUUUCCGUCGACCGCCCGUUGUUGGUCCGUCCGGCCACCGGCCUUUAUUGCCCGGAAUUUAUUAUUCCUUGGAAAAAAUGCUUGCGCAACGUCUUUUUUUCGGUACUCGGUAA